CCCGCUGAGGGCGAGGGCGGGAAAGGCGCCCUGAGGGCACAGGAAUCUCUGCAGAAUGGCAACUGCUCAGAAGCAAAGGAAUUCUGUGAAUGCAGUUGUAUUUCCCAAUAAAAUUGCCACGGAGCAGCAAUCCCUGAUGGUGGUGAAGAGGCUCCUGGCAGUGGCAGUGUCCUGCAUCACUUACCUGAGGGGAAUCUUCCCUGAGAGUGCCUAUGGAACCAGAUACAUGGAUGAUGUUUGUGUGAAAAUUCUGCGAGAAGACAAAAACUCUCCUGGCUCUACCCAGCUGGUGAAAUGGGUGGCUGCUGUUGCUCCCAGCCAGGAGAACAGGUCCGAGUGCCCCAUCAGCUGUGCGGACACCAAGCGGGCCAGCAUCCUGCUCAUCCGCAAGAUCUACAUCCUGAUGCAGAACCUGAGCCCCCUGCCCAGCGACGUCUGCCUCACCAUGAAACUGCUCUACUACGAUGAGGUCACCCCCCCUGAUUACCAACCCCCAGGCUUCAGGGAGGCCCAGGACGAGGGGCUGCUGUUCCAGGAGGAGCCNAUCUCUGAAAGGCAGGGGCAUUUUUGGGGAUAUUCUUUGAGAAAUGAGGAUCCUGCCUUGGAUAAUGGAGUGGAAAAUAAGAAUCAUGUGAAUAAUUCAGAAGCUCAAGAGGGAAACGGGAAUGGGACACGGGACGGGAAUGGGAUGAGAUACGGGACGGCACUGGAGCGGGAAAGGGAGACGGGACGGGAACGGGAAUGGGAUGGGAACGGGAAACGGGAACGAGACAGGGAACGGGAUGGGAACGGGAAUGAGACACGGGGUGGGAGAGGGAGACGGGACGGGAACGGGACGGGAGCGGGAAUGGGACACGGGACGGGAAUGGGAAUGGGAUGGGAAAGGGAGACGGGACCGGAAUGGGAUGGGAACGGGCAUGGGAUGGGAAAGGGAACGGGAUGGGAACGGGAAACGGGAACGGGAUGGCAGAGAGAGACAGGAUAG